AUGGAUGUCAAGACUGUCGAAUUCAAGCCCUUCCAGGACCAGAAGCCUGGCACAUCCGGUCUUCGCAAGAAGGUUACUGUUUUCCAGCAGCCUCAUUACAGCGAAGCUUUCGUUGCAAGCAUUCUGUUGUCUAUUCCCGAAGGCGUUGAAGGUUCUUUCCUAGUCAUCGGUGGCGAUGGCCGAUACUGGAACCCCGAGGUGGUUCAAUUGAUUGCCAAAAUCAGCGCUGCUUAUGGUGUCAAGAAGCUCCUUAUCGGACAGAAUGGUAUUCUGUCAACUCCCGCGGCCAGCCAUGUCAUUCGACUUCGAAAGGCGACUGGCGGCAUCUUGCUCACCGCCAGCCACAACCCAGGCGGCCCCAAGAACGACUUUGGCAUCAAGUACAACCUUGCCAAUGGCGGCCCUGCCCCCGAGUCGGUGACCAACAAAAUCUAUGAAACUUCGAAGACCCUCACCUCAUACAAGCUGGCUUCAAUUCCAGAUAUCGACAUCGCUACCAUUGGUACAAACACCUAUGGCUCGCUCGAGGUUGAAAUCAUCGACAGCACCGCCGACUACGUCACCAUGCUCAAGGACAUCUUCGACUUCGACACCAUCAAGAAGUUCUUCUCAUCGCACCCAGACUUCAAAAUCCUCUUUGACGGUCUCCACGGCGUCACUGGUCCCUACGGAAAGGCCAUCUUCGAAAAGGAACUCGGUCUCACUGGCGCCACGCAAAACUGCGUACCUAGCCCCGACUUCAACGGCGGUCACCCAGACCCCAACCUCACCUAUGCCCACUCCCUCGUCGAGGUCGUCGACAAGAACAACAUCCCCUUUGGCGCUGCUUCCGACGGCGACGGUGACCGCAACAUGAUCUACGGCGCCAACGCCUUCGUAUCCCCCGGUGAUUCCCUCGCCAUCAUCGCCCACCACGCCAAACUCAUCCCCUACUUCCAGAAGAACGGCGUCAACGGCCUCGCUCGCUCCAUGCCCACCUCCGGUGCGGUCGAUCUCGUCGCAAAAGCCCAGAAACUUGACUGUUACGAGGUGCCUACCGGCUGGAAAUUCUUCUGCGCCCUCUUCGACGCCAAGAAGCUGUCCAUCUGUGGUGAGGAGAGCUUCGGAACCGGCAGCGACCAUAUCCGUGAGAAGGACGGCCUCUGGGCCAUCGUCGCCUGGCUCAACAUCAUUGCCGGCAUUGGCGUUCAGAACCCCGGCGUCACACCAUCUAUCAAGCAGAUCCAAAAGGACUUCUGGACCCAGUACGGCCGUACAUUCUUCACACGCUACGACUAUGAAAAUGUCGACUCAGAUGGCGCCAACAAGGUCGUUGGCGAACUGCAGAAUCUCGUCGCCGAUCCCAAGUUUGUCGGUAGCAAAAUUGGAGACCGCACCGUCACAAAGGCAGGCAACUUCUCGUACACUGAUCUCGACGGCUCCGUCUCCUCCAACCAAGGUCUAUACGCAUGCUUCUCAUCCGGUAGCCGCAUCGUCGUCCGUCUCUCUGGAACGGGCUCCUCAGGCGCCACUAUCCGCCUGUAUAUUGAGCAGCAUACCAGCGACCCGUCGAAAUAUGACUUGGAUGCGCAGGAUUUCCUCAAGGCAGAAGUCACAUUUGCCACGGAGCUGCUCAAGUUUAAGGAGCAUGUUGGCCGGGAUGAACCCGACGUGAAGACCUGA